UAUUCCAAACUCUAUUUGAGAAUAAAAAAAUGCUACAAAAUAGGAAUCAUCUCCGUCACCUCCAUCUCUACGCCGUCAAAUCCUGUCGAUGUGUUGAUUGUGAAUCAAGGUGUCUUUACAUCAAAGGAGCUUUUAACGUGGUUGAGGCUUCUUUGCCCGCCAUGAAAGCAAGGCAAGGUCGUGGACCUCGUCUUAUCUCAGUUGGGUGUCUAUGGCUAUGCUGCCUAUUCUGGGAGCAAGUUUGGGAUUCAAGGUUUAGCACAAUCACUCCAACAAAAUUUAUUGCUUAUGACAUUCAUGUCACUCUUGUUUUUCCUCCCGACACUGAUACACUUGGUUUGAGAAAGAACAGAAGAGCAGGCCUGAGGUCACUGCCAUAAUAGCUGCGUCCUCUGGUUCAAUGAAAACGAAGACGUGGCCAGAAAACCUAUGGAUGGCAUCAAGGCAGGAAAGUUCACUGUCUCAUGCAACUUUGAAGGAUCUUUGCUAUCUCUCGCUACAUCCUGGCAUAUUUCCUCAGAGAUCAUUUUGGCUUUCUUUUCUUGAGACUAUUACCGCAUGACCUAUACGAUUAGUCGUGUCUUUUCCAAUGGGAUUGGUACAACGCCACAGAAAAGUGGAGCCAAACCAAAACACAUAAUACCAUCGAACUUUUCAAAAAUAGUAGUUCUUGUUUUCACACUGCUUUAUCCCUUACUCUUUUCUCUACUUUAAUUUUGCUUCUCUUUAGUAAUUCCGGAGAGCAAUUUGAUUCUUAUACUAACACUAAUAACAAUAUCACUCGUUGUAUUUUUUUAUUUACAUA